UUUUCGCGAGUUUAGAAAAGUCAACGUGGUCCCACCAUCUCGUUCAAAGCGUCGUCGAAAAAGGAAGGAAUAGUGACUUGACGCCAUGUUCGGUAUUAGGAGCGUUAACCUCGCCGUGCUUCUGUACUUCAUUAAACUGAUCCGGUCGUCAGCAGGUUUUUAUCAGUGCAAUUUCAGUGAAAAGUUCCAUGUUUCAAACUGCAGUCAGGGAGUCAAUGUUCGGUACAUUGGAUUGGAUCGCGUUGCGCCUACUAUUUACCUGAAUAGUAGCGAAGUUAUGGAUAUAACACCAAAUGCAUUCGAUACGGUACCAGAGCUACAGAAGUUAUAUCUAAAUGAUAACCACUUGCAGGAGAUAAAGCCACAGUGGUUCAGCAGAUUGACCAGUCUCUCGUUGUUGGAUGUAUCCCGAAACAAAAUCAAAAUUUAUUUCCCAGGAACAUUCCAGAGUGUCCGCUACUUGCAAAGGCUUUACCUUGGCCACAAUGACCUCCAAGUGUUUGAUGGGAAAUCAGAUAAUUUUGGAAGGACCAUAAUCGAUUUAUCUCACAAUCCACUCAAUGAGAUUUACAUAGACAGAGUUCACACUCUACACAUAAACCACACCAAUGUCACGCAACUGCACUUCACCCAGGCGGUAAACAUCUUCGCAGAAUACGCGAAGAUUGAGAGCUUCUCAUCGUCGGAAGGAGUCAUCGACAAACUGCAUUUACGUGGCAAUAACAUCCGGGACUUGUCGAAUCUUACAGAUAGUUUCGCUCGGAUGUUGUAUUUGGAUAUAUCUCAGAACACGAUAAGUGCCAUACCAGCCGAUGCCUUCCGCCACCUUAAGGGACUACGUCAUUUGAAUAUCUCCAAAGUGGAUCUCUACGAGGUGUACUACGGAAUGUUCUCUAGCCAACGUGCCUUGGAAGUUCUAGAUAUUUCCUACAACUAUCUAUGGCAUCUGAAUAUGAAUAAGAUGUAUCCGGCUCGGCUGCGGGAGUUGUAUUUGCUGGGAAAUUCUGUUUGGAAGGUAACUGAUUCAAGAAGGAGUAUGAGGUCCCUCGAGAAGAUAGGAAUAGCUGGAAAUGAGUUGAGCUGCGAACGGCUAUUCAAAAUCUACCACAAAGCAGUCGAGAGGGGAAUUGAAUUUCUUAUUCCUUCGCAUAUGGCAAAUUAUACUAGCGAUAAUAUUGCCGGAAUGCCUUGCAGAGAUGUACAGUAAGAAUGGAAGACCAUGUAUUUUGUGAUGUAUUAUAUAUGAAUAAAAUAAAAUUGAAUAGA